CACACACACAGAGACCAAUAGCAGAGUGUCUGAGCAGGUUUAAAGCGGCAAGAAAGUCGGUUCAGUGCGUGAGAGAAACACUGAAAUAAACGGAUUUAACGGAGAACCGUGUACAAUAAGAGACUUAAGAUAUCAGUGCAGGUUUAACUCGGCGUUUUUCACAUUAUAAACCUGCUCUGCUGUGUUUCUGCCGCUGAGGCCGGAGCGCGCGCUGAAUCAGUGUCCAGAGCCUCGCUGGGGUUUAUUUUCUAACCGUUAGAAGCGAGCAGUUUGUACACAGCGGAUCCCUGUUUGGACAGCGUUAAUAGCCAUGCACGUACUGGGUGUAGUGUGUGUUGUGUGUGUGUUGCUGUGUGUGGUGGAUCUGAAGCCCACAUUGAGAAAGGACAGAAUUCACCAUGAAGCUGGAUUUAGCCAGAAACCGCACGAGGACCAGCACGCGGACCAGCAGAGUCUGCAGUUCGACCAUGAAGCUUUCUUGGGAAAAGAAGAGGCGAAGACAUUCGACCAGCUGAGUCCAGAGGAGAGUAGAGACAGACUGAGUAAGAUUGUGGAUCGUAUCGAUAGUGAUGCUGAUGGAUUCAUCACCUCCGAUGAGCUAAAGCUUUGGAUUAAACGUGUACAAAAACGCUAUGUUUAUGAGAAUGUUGCUAAAAUAUGGCGUGACUAUGAUCUGAACAAAGACAACACAAUUGCCUGGGAGGAGUACAAACAGGCCACUUAUGGAUAUUAUCUUGCGAACCCAGAAGAGUUUGCAGAUUCUUCAGAUCAGUUCAGCUUUAAGAAGAUGCUGCCACGAGAUGAGCGCAGAUUUAAAGCAGCUGAUCUGAAUGGAGACGAGCGAGCAGAGAAGGAUGAGUUCACUGCUUUCCUCCAUCCUGAGGAAUUUGAGCACAUGAGGGACAUUGUUGUCCUGGAGACAUUGGAGGACAUAGAUAAAAACGGAGACGGUUACGUGGAUGAAGAUGAAUACAUCGCGGACAUGUUUGCACAUGAAGAUGGAGGGCCUGAACCAGACUGGGUGAAAACUGAAAGAGAUCAGUUUUCUGAUUUCAGAGAUCUGAAUAAAGAUGGGAAAAUGGAUCUGGAGGAGAUUCGUCACUGGAUUCUUCCUCAGGAUUAUGAUCAUGCUCAGGCUGAGGCACGACACCUUCUGUAUGAGUCUGACACCGAUAAGGAUCAGAUGCUGACAAAAGAGGAGAUUCUGCAGAACUGGAACAUGUUUGUAGGAAGUCAAGCAACAAACUAUGGAGAGGAUCUGACCAGAAACCAUGAUGAGCUCUGAAGACAAUAUAAUCAAGAGCAGUAAUCACACUGCAUUUCUACAUUCACAUGCUUAAUAAUUCUAAUAAAUUAAUAAGUCUUUAAUAUGUACAUGAACUAUGAUCACACAGUGACACAAGACACAUCAGUAAUCACUAAAACAUGUAGGAUGUAAAAUCCCAGCACUUUCUCUAGGAGUGAGUGACUGACAGAUCUACAGAUUUGCAUAUCUCUAAUCUACCUCAGUGUCCUUAGUGGGCAUUCAUGGUUUUUUUUCUUCUGUUUCUGAGUGAAUUAGAGACUUUUUAACUGCAAGUUUUUUGACAGAUUAACUUUGUUUAGUCAGAUGAUUUUAAUGAUCUGAAUUGUCAGUCUGUUCUGUCAAGCAUGUUUUGUGUAUGUUUAUUGUGCUUUAGUGUUACACAGUCAGUUACAAACAGAACAUUAUAAUCUGAGUAUUGCUUUUUAAUCUUUAUUGUGUCUGCUUUUGAGCUUUCAUUCUGAUCUUAUUUUAAAAAGUUUUAACUUUUUACUCAGAACAACUUGUGUUGUGGACUCAUUUGCCAGUAAAAAAAAAAAAAAAUCGUUGCUGAA